CCUACGCAGCGUUGCGUCGCGCAGCUCUAGGGCACGGAGUUGAGGCAGGCUGCGGCGUGGCUGGAGCGCCGCGGGGAGAGCUGCGCCGGUUGCUCUCGGCAGCCGCGUCUCGGCCAGCUCUCCUCGCAGUCCCCGGGGCGCUGUGCGUCUCCAGUCCAGGACCGAAGCCGCUGGCCGCAGCGGGCGGCCAGAUCCGCGUCCCGCCUCAGCGCCCGAAGGACAUGCGGGAGAGAGAAUGAGCCAGAGGGACACGCUGGUGCAUCUGUUUGCCGGAGGAUGUGGUGGUACAGUGGGGGCUAUUCUGACAUGUCCACUGGAAGUUGUAAAAACACGACUGCAGUCAUCUUCUGUGACACUUUAUAUUUCUGAAGUUCAGCUGAACACCAUGGCUGGAGCCAGUGUCAACCGAGUAAUGUCUCCUGGACCUCUUCAUUGCCUAAAGGUGAUCUUGGAAAAAGAAGGGCCUCGUUCCUUGUUUAGAGGAUUAGGCCCCAAUUUAGUGGGGGUAGCCCCUUCCAGAGCAAUAUACUUUGCUGCUUAUUCAAACUGCAAGGAAAAGUUGAAUGAUGUAUUUGAUCCGGAUUCUACCCAAGUACACAUGAUUUCAGCUGCAAUGGCAGGUUUUACUGCAAUCACAGCAACCAACCCCAUUUGGCUUAUAAAGACUCGGUUACAGCUUGAUGCAAGGAACCGUGGGGAAAGGCGAAUGGGUGCUUUUGAAUGUGUUCGUAAAGUAUAUCAGACAGAUGGACUAAAAGGAUUUUAUAGGGGCAUGUCUGCUUCAUAUGCUGGUAUAUCAGAGACUGUUAUCCAUUUUGUUAUUUAUGAAAGUAUAAAACAAAAACUACUGGAAUAUAAGACUGCUUCUACAAUGGAAAAUGAUGAAGAGUCUGUGAAAGAAGCAUCAGAUUUUGUGGGAAUGAUGCUAGCUGCUGCCACCUCAAAAACUUGUGCCACAACUAUAGCAUAUCCACAUGAAGUUGUAAGAACAAGACUACGUGAAGAGGGAACAAAAUACAGAUCUUUUUUUCAGACGCUAUCUUUGGUUGUUCAAGAAGAAGGUUAUGGGUCUCUUUACCGUGGUCUGACAACUCAUCUAGUGAGACAGAUUCCAAACACAGCCAUUAUGAUGGCCACCUAUGAAUUGGUGGUUUACCUGCUCAAUGGAUAGCAGCAUGAGGGCUGCUGUACUACAACGAAGGAAGACCAAAAGAUGACAGUGGACCAUGGAAUGUGGAAGCCAGCAUGGUGGACAGAAGAAAAAUAGUUUGGGAACAUGUAACUAUUCUAAGUGGAAGUUGCGUUGUAGGAAUUACAGUAAUCACACCACAUUACUUGGCCUUUCAGUAAUGUGAAGGGGGAAAAAAAAAAAAAAAAAACCUCAGAGCCUCCAAGGAAAUGCCUUUAGAAGCACUCCUCUCAAAAUUGCCAUUUUCUCUACCAUGUCCACCGGACACAGUUGGGUUUUGUUGAUUUAUGGCAGUCCUCUAAACAAAGCCAUCUUUAAUUAUAUACUGUACUGCAACUCUCCAAAGAUAGUAUUGGCGGUCAUAAAUUUGUAACUUCUGGAUUUUCUUUAUCCCAUUGAAAUAACAAUCACAGUGAGAUCAUCAGUAUUAUUUUCACAUUUUCCUGAGAGGACCUGGCACAAUAUUUUAAAUUUAAUUAUUUGGCAGUAGUCACUGUUUUUGACAGCCAAUGAAAUAGUGUCUAAAUAUUGUGUACAUUUUUAGCAUUAAAAUGUUUCGGUUUCCACUGCUAACAGGUGUUUGUUGUUUAGCUUAAUGUGGGUAUUUAAAUUGUUAACAUACCAAACACACAUGGUAAUAGUUUGGGACAAAAUAGUAAAAUGUUUUAUUCUCGGCUAUUUCACUGACUGCGGCAGGUCCUCAUAUCUUCUCUAAUUUUAUGGUACAUGAAUGAAUGCAGUUAUCUUUUCAGUGACUUACUAGUUAAUGAACUUGAAUUAUCACCUGUUUGUCAUACUUAAGAAUUGUUUACAUGAAGUGUAAGAUUUUUCACUUUUGAACUUUUCUUUGCUUGCUUUCACAUUAAGAGUUUGAACUUUUGGAUUUUUUUCCCAGUCUAUAUAUAAUAGGUUACAUUUAUUUUGUAGAGAAAAUGGUAAUUUAAAGUUUUGUCCUUUUAAGGUAACAUUAAUAUUAAUAUUUGGGACAGUAUAAAUAUUAUAGACAAGAGCCCCGCUGCUAUCUGCUUCAGCAGAUAGUGACAUUAAUUGACAUCUAGUUUUGUGUAAAUGAACAAAUUGCUUUUGACAAGAAAUUUAUUCUGUCCUAGUUUCCUGAGUGGUAAAGCAUAGAAGGAUUCAAGUUCAUUUGGGAUAAAUGUGCUAACAGGAUAUAGCUUUAAAAUUUUGCUAUUGAGUCAGCUGUACCUUUUUAAUACUUUAAAUGUGUUAUAAGUAUGGCCCUUAUAAAGAUGUUUGCUAUAAUUCUGUUGAAAGACUUCGCCUAUGCUAUACUGGUGUAUAAAAACAGAUUUCAGUAUACCUGAACUGUACAUUUUGUGCAAUGGCUUUACCUUAAAGAAUGACUCUUUGUGAAAGCACUUUGUGGCCUUUUUGGGGGGUAAGAGAGUAGGAGAGAAUUCCACGUUAAUAUUUUUUUUUUAGAAAAACAUUGGUGUGUAUUAGGCAGAAACAGUGUUCAUAAAAUUUUUCUGGGUUUUAAAUAUGUUGUUUUGGAGAUCUUUAAUAUAAAUGUUUUAGAUAUUCUGUACCCUGCAGUUUCCCCAACAUUAUAGAAUAUUGCCGCAUGUUAUCGCAAGCUUUCUCUACUGUCACCAGUGAAAACAGUGCCCUCUUAAAUUUCCUCCCCCCUUAACUUCCUUGUGGUCAACAGUAACUGGAUGUUUUUGAGGUGCUCAGUUGGAAUAAAAAUAUUCCAAUCUAUUUGGAGACCAAAGGCAAAAUCAGUUUUCUGACCUUUGGAAUUAUUAGUACCUUUUAUGGUAAAUUUCAGCUUGACAUGUAUUGUGAGGAACAUACCAAAAACACCCAAAAACGGGUUUGUAACAAAUCUGUAGAGAAGGUCUGAAUCUAUCAUGUUUGCCUUUCCAGGUGCCAUUUCUACUGCCUAAUACAGUGCCAUUUGCCUUGUGAAGACUCAUAAACAUUCGUUGUGUUGAAUGUAAGAUAGACUCCCUUGUCUUACUGAUCUCAGUACCCCACAAAUGAUUAAGAAUGAUAUGAAAACCAGCAGCUAAGGAACAUCUUAUUAUUUAGUUGUAGCAAACUCUUAACAAGUCAAGUGUCCUUCAAGGAUGAACAUAUAUUCUAUUUCUAUUUGUAUUUAGCAAAUAAAACUUAUGUUGACCUUUAGUGCAUUAUAUUCAGCUUUUAAAAGUAUUAUGUAUGUACUGGAAAGAAAAGAAAUCUUAGAGUCUUAGACAUUGUUUAUUUGUGCAACAACUGGAAAGGAGCAAUGAAUUUUAUUUCAGUUGUAUUUUUCCCUGGUACAAUCUGCCAUAGUUUAUGUGUGACAAAGAUAAUUCAGAAAGGAAAACUGUAUAUAAAAGUUAUAUAUAAAGUUUGUCUCUGAAAUAUUUCUUUGAAGUUUUUAAAAAAUUGGCUCAUGUUUAAAAACAAAAACAUUCAAAGCAUUAUACUUUUUAACGUGUUUUCAUCUGUUUAUCAUAACUUCUAUUUCUGUUGUAGAGGUAGUCCACAUUAUUUAGAUUGUAUGUACUUUUUUUUUUUUUUUUUUUUUUUUUUGAGACAGAGUUUCGCUCUUGUUACCCAGGCUGGAGUGCAAUGGCACGAUCUCAGUUCACCGCAACCUCCGCCUCCUGGGUUCAGGCAAUUCCCCUGCCUCAGCAUCCUGAGUAGCUGGGAUUACAGGCACGCACCACCGUGCCCAGCUAAUUUUUUGUAUUUUUAGUAGAGACGGGGUUUCACCAUGUUGACCAGGAUGGUCUCGAUCUCUUGACCUCAUGAUCCACCCGCCUCGGCCUCCCAAAGUGCUGGGAUUACAGGCUUGAGCCACCGUGCCCGGCUUUGUAUGUAAUUUUAAAUUUCAAAGUUCAAAUCUGAAGGAUUACCAACCCUGUGAUUUCGGGAUACCAUGCAGUGCUUUUAAUCCCAGGAAGAAAACGAUCGCCAAAGUUGACUUGAUUCUCAAUAUGGGACUUUCUAGAACGUUUCUUUCUAGAUGGGCUCCCCCACAGUGGAUUUGUAACUUUGAAGUCAGAAUAGAAUAUCAUUAGAUUAUCUGUGCAAUAGCAUUAUUAUGCUAGGACCAGCAGAGUUUGGGUUCGUAAAAACAGUGUUUAUUACUAGAUUACAAACACUUCAGCAUUUUUAGCUUGAUUUUAAAUCUCUAAAAAUACUCAGAUUUGAAGGAUUUAAGUGCUAGAAAUCAGUCCAUUUCUUACCCUUCAAGAACGGUCCAUGUCUGCCUUUUGUUGUUUACAUGUUCUUCUGCCCAGACCGUUCGUACUCUAGGGACCCCCUUUGCAGCUGAUAAAGUUCAGCCUUUUUUCCUCAAAUAUCUAAUGACUUUAACAUUCCUAAGAAUAUAGGUAUUUCUGAAUUUAAAUUGGAUGAACUUUAAUAUAUAAAAUACAAUGUACAAACUUUCUGCCCACACAGAUCUCUUCCCCAUCAUGUGCUUAUAUUUCCCAUUAACCUACACACUGAUUUUCAUGCUACUCCUUGUAGAAACCAAAUUCUAGUUUGACUUAGCUUUUGUGUUUAUAAACUUUGGAAUGUCUACCCCCUGUGUAUGUGAACAAUGAUGACCCAUCAGUCAUAGCUAAAUAAUGAAUUUCAAAAGUGUUUAACUUUUGACCAUUCAUGUGAGGUUUGCUAUCUUGCAUUUAUGUACAUGGCUGUAAAUUAUGUGCAUUUAUUCUGUAUUUAUGUUAUCUAGCUGACUUCUACUUGAAUUGUUCAAAUUUUUAAAAUUAAAAUAUGCUUAUGAAAAUAUGGUGGCUUUUUUUCUAUAAUAUGUCAACAUUUUAUUGAGAAUGUAAUCACACUUGUAUCCUGUGUAUUGCCGUUUUUAUUAGGCUUGUUUGAUUCAGUCAGCAAACCUUAUCUUGAGCACUUUGUAUCUAUUAGACUUGGUGAUGUCUUUAGGACCCAAAAGGUCAAAUAAUCUAACUCCCUCAUUGUGGAGUAAGAAAUCUUGCAUGUCAUCUGCAGGUUUAUUGACCUUUAUCCAGCGCUUUUCAUGUUUUAAUUUCAGCCUUCAUGAAAGUUGAUAUUAGAAAUACAGAGGGAAGAAUUUGUUAGAAUAACCGAAUGAAUCCACGUAUGUUAGGUGGAAUUACAAAUGACACAGAUAAAAUGCUGUGUAGUGCCUACCCUCUUUACAUUUUGUCUGUUUUACUUAAAGUUUUUCUAAACUGUAGUUAGCAUCAAACAUUGCCCAGUCUCGUAGGUGAGGAAGCCAGAACAAAAUGUGUAUUGUAUCUCAACAUUAACAUAAAGCUGAAAUUGUUGGCUCUACUAAUAGUGCUCUGCACUGAAGGCACUGGCAAAAUAAUGGUUAAGGUCGAUGUAAUUGAGCACAAGUGUUGCAACUUGUGUGUGUGUGUGUGUUUAUCACUGAAUGUUGGGAGCCAUGAUAGAGGUAACUUGUGAGUUCAUGAUUUAUAAGGUUCUAGUGUGACAUCUAUAAAACUGAUAAAACUCAGGCAAGCAAAGUGUAAUUAAAUGAUUUCUCCCUCCCCCACCGCCUUUUUUUGAGAUGAAGCAACUUGUUGCCCAGGCUGGAGUGCAAUGGCAUGAUCUCAGGUCACUGCAACCUCUGCUUCCAGGAUUCAAGCGAUUCUCCUGCCUCAGCCUGAUUUCCCUUUUGUUUACUUUCUGUUCGCACUGUAUAAGAUCAGGUGACUGCCUUUAUAUGUAUCGAAUCAGUUGGAGAUUUAUGUUCAUAGAGUGCUGUUUAUACAAUGAUUUCAUGUGAUUUCUCAAUAGCCUGUAAAUCCAAUAAAUAAAUGACAUACAGAGGAAUAUUAA